GGCGAGCCGGUUCGUGUGUUUGCGAGCACUAGUACUUAUUUCUCAUCAAGGUUAACGUCGACGGGCUCGUGGAAUUUUAACGAAAGGGCCGUGGCAUCAGGUCACUCGACACAACUAACCACUUCUCACAUUCAUACUACCACCUAUACUGACCUUUCCAAUUAACAGGUGUCAUCUUUCCGCCGUCCCUGCUACGUGUCCCGCUGACUUAUAGACACGCAUUACUCCAGAAGCCUUUUGACCAUCAUUUUUGGCAGCAAAGCAUUCGUCUGUGGCGAGAUACAUCGCUACAAUGCCCGACUAUGUGUAUGCACUUCAUGACUUUCAACCCGAAAACGAGGACGAAGUCGACUUCCAUGCGGGUGAGCCCAUUGAGGUUAUAGAGAAGGAUGAUCAAUACAGCGAUGGCUGGUGGCAGGGACGCAAUCUUGCAGGUAAAAUUGGCCUGUUCCCCAAAAGCUAUACUACACCGGCUGCUCCUGCACCUCCACGCGCAUCUUCACCAGAAUCCACCGCUGGCCCUUUCAUGAACGAGCCCCCUGAUGUAUUACAGACGGUUGAUGAAGAAGCAGCUUCAUUCAUUGGUAGCGACGCCGAGUACAAUAUUGGUGUCGCCCUUGGCGGACCGCCUUCAGGACAUCAGGAGGAAGUCAUGCAUGCUACUAUGACGGACGUCCAGAAGGCCAUCGAGCAACUUGGCCAAGAUGAUCGGGAUGGAACUCGCAGCUUCAGCUUCGCUAGCACUCGGCAUGGAGACACGGAUACAGAAACAGACGGAAAUACCAGCUUACGGGAGGACGGAGAGGACUGGCACCGCAGUGCCCGGGACAAGCUUGCAGAACAGGCACGUAAAGUCGUGGAAGCGAAGACCGCUGCGGGAGUGCAGAUCCGGUCGGUUGCUCCUCCGAUAGACAUUGAAAUGAGUGAUGAGAGUGAGGCGGAAGAGGUUGACGACUCAUUUCAGAAUAUACAUCGGGUGGCACGUGAUCAUCCCCAUAUUCCUGAGGAAGAUGAGGAAGAUAAUGACAACAACGGCGCAGUAACUCUGAGUCAUGGGAGAAGGAGCUUUAGUAUGACUUCACCUGUGACACCCCCUCUGCAAGAUUUACCAUCCCUUUCACCCAAUGAUGGUGAACAAACAGCCAAAGUCCAUAAGACGACAUUUUCUGUUACCUCAACUUCAACCUCUCGCGCCAUCUCCCCAGCGCCUACCAACCAUGAACGCACUGGUUCUCAAUCUCGGUCCGCUCCCGUAUCUCCUAUGGUUAACAUAUUUGCACCUGUUCCUGUUUUGGCCGUCGAGCCAUCUUCCAUACAGUUGCCUGCUUCUCCAGAACCCACAACCCACGCUACUCCCACGUCUGUGAUUCGCCAAGUUUCCAAUGCUGUUUCCUCCCCCACUCCACGUGUAGUGAGCCUACCAUCGAGGUCCAAGCACAACAGUGUUGCAUCCAGUGGUCAACUCUCUACUACUUCCACGCCGCAGAUGUCGUCUGAACCCACACUGGAAGGUAGUCUGAUGAAGCCUGUUCCUCCAUCGGAGUGGAGCGUCGAAGAGGUUGUUGACUGGUUGAAGUCCAAGAGUUUUGGCCAGGACGUCUGCGAUAAGUUCAUAGAACAAGAGAUCACAGGCGAUGUUCUACUAGAGCUUGACAUAAACCUUCUCAAGGCUGAAAUUGGUAUCGUCGCAUUUGGAAAGCGUAUGCGCAUUGCCAACGCUAUCGCCGAACUACGCCGAACCCCAUCAAUCAUCUUCCCAGACGUCCAGUCGCUACAACAUCCUCAGUCCUUGUCGCACUCCCAUUCAUACUCCUACACGCAUUCGCGUUCUGGAUCGACUCACCAGUCAUUGAACAGCCCUAUGUUCGCGAACACAGUGAGCUCAGCUAUUACUGCGCCGAACUCAGCGACGUUUGGUUCGAUGUGCAGCACCGAGAGUCCAGCUGCAGACAUGAGCCAAUUUGUAGAAAGAGUAUCUAGUUUAUCGAGCGCUGGUGUUAGUGUCAUUGGAGGCUCGCUGGACAAUUACGUCUCGCCUAGUACGGUGGGGCUUGGACUCGGGGUCCCGCCAAACGGCAACGAACACAAACGUACGGCGUCGGGUCAACUUGGAUCAUCGCCUAGUGAUAGUGCCUUGAACAAACGAUCUCAAGAGGACGCGCGCGAGCCUGAAGAGUUGCAAGAUGAUGAUCGUGGCGCCGUGAGUGAGGGAGAAAAUGUACCAUCUGUCGCCAAGCAACGCCUGCACCUCUUUAGCCGUUCCACAGAGUCCACGUCUACCACGAAGAAGGGCGAUGCUUCCUCCAAUUCCACCAAUAAUUCUACCACUGCACUCUCGACUUCAGUGCCCUUGGCGGUGACGGUGACAACACCCAGAUCAUCACGGAAACGGGAGCUGCUGGACGACUCCAGUAUUGGCAGCAAGCAUAGCCGGAAUAAACGGGAUGGUACGACGAAAGGCACGGAACGGCAUAGUUUGUUUGGAAGCACUUUCACCGCUUCCCUCGGAAAGGCCAGGAAGCCUCCGCCAAGGAUCAGCAGGUCAUUAAUUGACAACGAAAACCCAAUGGAGAAAUCUUCGAGUCUCAAUCUUUCACGGCUGUACAACAGCAAGAAGUCCUCGAAUCGCCCAUCGACAUCAGACGGAUCGGUUUCCAGCACUCUUCGUAAUCCCUCACGCAGCGAUUCUCUUGAUGAGAAGAGGAAGUUGAAGGAGAAGGAGAAAACCCUCGAGAAACUGAGAGGCAAGGAUGCGGAUAGUCAAACGCUGAAAGAGAAAGAGUCCCCUACGGUACUGAAAAAACACGUUGAUGGUUCCGAUAGCCAGUCUCGAGGUCCUAGUUUCAAGCCAGGAAAGAGUAUCAUUGACCAGAUCGGCAUCCCUGACCACCAAGGAUGGAUGCGCAAGAAAGGCGACCAUUACAAUGCCUGGAAGGUACGGUACUUCGUUAUCAAGGGCCCACAUCUCUACAUCCUACGGAGCGACAGCAAGACGGAGGUGAAAAUCAAGGGCUACAUCAAUAUUGUCGGAUACAAGGUUAUUGCGGACGAGAACGUCGAUCCAGGACGUUAUGGCUUCAGGAUAGUGCAUGACACCGACAAGACGCAUUACUUCAGCUCUGACGAGCAAAUUGUGGUACGCGAGUGGAUGAAAGCGAUCAUGAAGGCCACCAUCGGCAGAGACUAUUCGAAGCCUGUUGUUUCCUCCGUCAAUAUACCCACUAUCCCUCUAACAGUUGCCCAGGCGAUGAACCCUGCCCCCCGACCGCCAUCUCCUACCGCUCGCGAUGCGACACAAAAAGCUUUGCGCCGCGAGAAUCCAAACCAGCUAUCUUCUCGUGAUGCUCGUGUCCUGAUGGGUUUACCAUCGUCAGAUGCCAGUGACGCGCAAGAUAGCGAACGGACGCGUCUUGAUUCCUUCUUGAAUGAGCAGGCCAUUCCAAGCCAGCCUGAAGACAAGUCAUAUGCGACGAACCAAGCUCCUCCCCGCCCGACUAGAGAGGCACGCCCUUCGACAACUACUGCGCUGAAUUCUUCUGAUGCGGGUCUAGUUGAAUGGGCUAAUUCACACUUACCAGCUGCGCUACAAAACCACGAUCCCACUAGCAAUCUUUUCAGCGGUCUUGCUCUUCUUCGUCUCUCAGAAUCAGUUUUAGGGAAAUCGCCCUCACCUCCCGUGCUAGACUCGGCAUUCCCAUCUGGCCCCGGCGAUGACAAGCUGGACGGGCUAUUCCGCCUGUUCGACUUCCUCCUCGACAACGACGUAAAAAUGGGCAGCGUAAGCAUCAAUGACGUCCGACAAGGGAAACGCGAUAAAAUAUUACAGCUGCUCAAAGCACUCAAGGCAUGGGAGGAGAGGAGGAUGGACAUAUUGAGAUCUAUUGGCACGGGGACAAUUCAGGCUGGUCCUUUCGCAGCCCCCGAUAUGAACACUUGGAAAAGAUGAAUUCAUUUCGGCUGCUUAAAAUUAGAGAUCGCGGACUUGAUCUUCAGACACUCCUUUGCGCUACAUAUAUCAUGAUGACCCUCGUAUACGUUUGGAUUAUUUUCUCUGGAUACCCCUCGAAUAUCACAUCACGCAGACUCAGCUUACUACAUUAUUGUACAUGAAAUAAACCAGCUUUCCAAGCAGUCGGGUAUGACGACCGGAGGAUUGUGGUAUGUGUAAGGAACUGACAUGCACCAAAGGUCAGAGUUUGGAUGAUUCAGUUGGAACCAUGUUGGUGUAUACAGCUGAUGCGACCAAUCGGUGUCGUGUCACGUUCCAUAC